GGCGUUGAUUGGACGCGACGCGCGGCAAGGCGCCGCCGCUGGAUACAAUGUAGGCGCUCGCGGCCCCCCGGCCAGCCCGGCCCGGCCACGGCGCUCCAGGGCGCUGGCCAUGGAGCCAGGCACCAUCGACAACCUCUGCAUCCUGUACCAGAGCUCAGACUUCAUCGUGGUCAACAAGCACUGGGACCUGCGCAUCGACAGCAAGCUGUGGUACGAGACCCUGACCCUGCAGAGCCAGCUCAAGCACCGCUUCCCCGAGCUGGCCGACCCCCACACCUACUAUGGCUUCAGGUUCUGCCACCAGCUGGACUUCUCCACCAGUGGGGCCCUGUGCGUGGCACUCAACAAGGCGGCAGCAGGAAGUGCCUACAAGUGCUUCAGGGACAGGCUGGUGACCAAAGCCUACCUUGCCCUGGUCAGAGGCCACGUCAGCCAGCGGCGGAUGACCAUCAGCUAUGCCAUCGGGAAGAACACCACGGAGGGCAUGACCCACAUGAUGUGCAUCGAUGGGACUGAGGGCUGUGACAAUCCCAAGCCUUGCCAGUCAGAGCUGAUCGUGCUCGAGCGCGGCUCCUACGGCGGAGACCCUGUGACCAAAGUGCUGCUGCAGCCGCUGACAGGUCGGACUCACCAGCUGCGGGUUCACUGCAGUGCCAUCGGCCACCCCAUCGUGGGGGACUUCACCUACAGCCACAGGAAGGACAGCAGCCCCUACAGGAUGAUGCUGCACGCCUACUACCUGCGCAUCCCCACCAGCACCGAGCUCAUCGAGGUCUGCGCCCCCGACCCCUUCCUCACCUCCAUGGACAGCAACUGGGUGCCCCAGCAGGUCCUGCACCAGCUGGAUGAGACCAUCCAGGAGCUGAAGGAGAAGAUGAUGCAGAAGCAGGAAGAGCAGAGCCAGGAAGCUGCGCUGGGUGGUGGGGAAGGGGAGGCACAGAAGGCAGCCGGCAGCCCGGAGACGGAGGAGCAGAGAGCGCACUGCGAGCAGUGGUUGGCAGAGUGGGCUCUGGAGUGAGCACAAACCACAUCCCUGCAGUCCCAGCCCAGUGCUCCAUUGUGUCCCAGUGGAGCCCUGACUCCACACCUGCACUUGCUCUGUGCCAUGGCUUCCCUCACCUCUGGGGCUGGGCUCAGGCUGGGUUGGUUUUGUACCCUGCUCAUCAUCCCUCUGGCCACUGGAUGCCCCUUUCCUCCUGCCAAGCCUUAGCAGCAGUGUGUCACCUACCAGCUUAGAGUGACCCCAGAGCUUCACAUCCCCAUCCUGGGGCUCGGGCACAGCCAGGGUGGCAUCAGCACUGCCUUUGCCAUGAGCAGCAUGGGCCUGUCCACACCCCCUCAGUGCUGGGGUGCUCGAAUGGGAGGGGAGAACGUCCCAGGUGCAGCUGCAGUGCUGACGUCCCCACUGCCCUCGGCCCCGGCUGCCUGUGCUCACUGGCACACACCUGGUGUGGGAGCUGGGAGAGCAGGAGGCUGAAGGGCAGCCUGGGGGCACCAGCAGCCCCCCUAGUCCUGGGAUGGCUCCAGGGGGUGUGCCUGUGGAGCUGGGCAGUGUGGUGGGCACAGGAGGGGUCCCUCCCCGUCGCUGCCCACUCGCUUCCUUGCCCCCCAGCCCCUGCCUGGGGUACCUGCUGGGGGAGUUGAUUCCUGUGGAUUUUAACCUUUUUGCUGCCAGUUUCUCUCAGAAGAAUUUGGUCUUGUGGUGGUUCUGGAGUGCAGGUGGUCUCAGAAAUGAGCUCAUUGUGGUAGUGCUGUGGUCAGACAGCCAGCAGCCCAAAGCUUUCCUACCAGGUGUUGCUCUUCCUUGUCCAAGUGUUGCCUUUUCCUAGCACCCACUUCUGCCCUGGGGGUGGAGGUCCCCCUCUGCUUUACCCCAGCACUGGGGGUUAAGUGUCAGGUUUUGGUCCCAUGGCAGGGCUCCAGGGGUCCUUUGGGUGGGCAGUUUGGGAGGGCUCUGGAGCAACAGGAGCAGCUGAGGAAGUGGUUGAACCUGGGUUCCUUCCAGUGUCAGGCUGAGGAUUGAUGUGAGGAGCAGGAGGGACCUUGGCUCGUGCUGGUGCCAAGCUUUGCAAGAUGCCAAGCAGAGAUCCUUUGUAGUGCCAGCUCACUGUCACCUUCCCAUCCUGUUUGUCUUCUGAGGUCACACCUUGAAUCCUGGGUUCAGUCUGGGGCCCUCAGUGCAAGAAGGACUUUGAGGAGCUGGAGCAGGUCCAGAGAAGGGCAAAGAAGCUGGGGAAGGGUCUGGAGAGCAGGGCUGGUGAGGAGCUGCUGAGGGGGCUGGGGGUGUUCAGCCUGGAGGAGAGGCUGAGGGAGACCUCAUUGCCCUCUGCAGCUCCCUGAGAGGAGGCUGCAGCCAGGUGGAGGUUGCUCUCUUCUGCCCAGGAACAAGGGACAGGACAAGAGGGAAUGGCCACAAGUCCUAGCUGGGAAGGUUUGGAGGAACAAUUUAUUCCUUGCAGGAGUGGUCAGGGGCUGGCAGAGGCUGCCCAGGGAGGUGGUGGAGUCCCCAUGCCUGGAGGUGUUCAGGAGCCUGUGGCCAUGGCCCUUGGGGCCAGGGUUUGGUGGCCACGGUGGUGCUGGGUUGAGGGUUGGACUCCAUGACCUCAGAGGCCUUUUCCAACCAAAACAAUUCCAGGGUCCUGUGGUUUAGCAACCGAGGAGAAGAGGGCAGAGGCAUGGGACAGGGCUGGCUGGAGCUCGUGGCAUCCAGAGCACACAGCCCUGAGGCAUGUGGCACUGCACCACCACAGCAGCAGAUGGCCAGAGCCUUGUCAGCCCACAGCCCUUGUUCCACUGGAGAUGCACCUGACAGAGA